UAUUAAUUAGAAGCAUUAGAGAUUAGAGAAUAUGGCAAUUAGUGUUAUGAAGGAGGCCAACAUGAAAGGGCGUAUGGAACGAGACGAGGACCUAACUCUUUUCAGGGAAUUGCGGAAGCACCAGAAUGAACGUGUAUCCAGCCUCUUCCAUUGUGUUAAUUCUGAAGAGUUUGAAUGUGGCACUAAUACUGAUAGUGGAAAUUUUUCACUGUAUAGAAUUUCGUCAGGGAAAAAAGAAUAUGGACUAGAGUUUCUGGAAACAAACAAAAAUGAUUAUGAUUGGUUGAAAACACCACCAGCAACUCCCCUAUUUCCAUCUCUUGAAAUGGAACCCAGUUCUCAACUUGUCGUUCAAAAGGAGCUACCAAUCUCUCAGGUCAUCUCAAGAUUUGCAUGGAGUACUAGGGAUGUGGAAGCACAGCCAAAACCCAAAUCAAUUGAUGGAAAGGCAAAUACCAAAUCAACUAAAGCAAAACUUCCAACAAGAUCAAUGACUACAAGUCACAACAAGCAAAGACCAAGCAUCAUCAAGAACACAAAUGAACUACAACAAACAAGCACAACUCCUCCUACCAUUAUUAACAACAAAGGCAGCAAUGCAAAAAUUAAACAUGAUGCAGCCAACAACACUAGAUCCACCCCCCAAAAGCAAACCAACAAUGUUGAUUUCCAUGCUUUGUGUAUCCAGAAAAGCAUAGAAACAAAUGAAUCACAGAGAAAGUCAAGAUCAGCUAGAGUUGUUUCUCCAUCGGUGAAGUCAAGGGUUGUAAAUCUAAGUAACAUUGUAGAACUCUCAAAUGAGACACCACCAAAUCUAAGGACGGAUCAGAGGUCGAGUUCCACAACACGGGGACGAAGCACAACUCGAUCUUCUACGAUUGCAGGGUUUCAAAAUCGUGAUCCUACUCCGCGAACUUGCAGACCAUCAAGAUCACCAUCACCAAGCAUGGCUAAUGGUGGCUUGAACCAGUUAGACAGAACCCAGAAAAAAUUGAGGGAACAAAAAGAAACAUUCACUCUAGCAGCAGGCACUAAUGAAAAUAGACCACAUUUUAAGGGAAGUAAGAUGGUAGAGAAAGUAGUGAAUGCUAGAAAAUCAGGUGUGAAUCAAAUGGACAGAGAAACCAAAGCAAAAGCUUUCAAAUAUAGGGAAAAAUGAAACAAGAAGGUAAGCAUUGCACAAGGGUGCUCCAGCAAUGGUCAAACUGAAGGAUAUUUUGGUGCUGCAAGUGUGUCUAUAAUAACAAAAGAGUUGGUGGAUUAGUAGUGGCAAGGGAUUUUUCUAAUACACAAAAGAUCAUAGGUUAAAAUGUCAUUGCUGUAACAAAAUGAGACAUCAUGAAAACUAUUACGUAUAGAACAUUGGGAAAAUUGAUUUGAUCCACCUAGAGCAGCCUAUAUAUCCUGUAUUAACGUCUACCUACAUUAUUUCAACGCCGAGACAAUAUGAUGAAGCAUAAUAUCAAUUGAUAUUUUCGUGAAUGAGAUUAACUGAGUAAUCACGAAUAUUAUC